AUGGGUCCUAACACGUAUCCAGUUGAAGAUAAAUUAAUGACUUUGGUGUUGGAAGUUUUUAAGGCAUAUCUGUUAUCAAGCGAUGACAGAGAAGAUGCAGAAUCAAUGAUGGAUAGAUAUAUUGAGACUGGAAGCUUAACAGAGAAAAGGAAAAUGUCAGUGGGAUUUCACGACCUCAGUGAUUCAUCAGAUGAUGAGCUUUUGAAAGAAAAACAGAAGAGAAUGAGAGUCAGCUAUGCUGCAGGACAGAAGAAAAUGAAAGAAAAGUAUCUGGAAAUAAAGGAAAACAAGCAGCAAGAAAUGGAAGACAACACCCAGAAAGAGAAAGAGCAGGAGAAGGAAUCACCCUCUGAAAUGACAGAUACCCAGGAGGCUAGAAGUUCUGAUGAAGAUGAACAGGUUGAAAGAACUGGUGAACAGAAGAAAAGUGGUGCCACUGAAGAUGAAAAGACAAAAGAUGAUGCCAAUAAAGAAAAUGAACAGACAAUUUUCAAGAUCAAGAAAGUUAUACACUCAGAGACGCCAGUGAGAAUGAAGAAAGUAGUACCCUCAGAAGAUACCAGCAGUUCUCGCCUGUUGAAGAAGUCAAGGAUUGACAGAAAAUCAUCCUGGUUGAGAAAUUUAGAGGAGGUUGUUUCAUCCGAUGAUGAAGAAGAUCUUCGACUUUCGAAAGAAGAGCUGAUGACCAAAUGUCAGAUGCAAGCAUUCGAACUUCAAAAGAGAUCAAAGGAGAUAAGACGAUUGUCCCAGGAGAAUGAAAAUUUACGUGCCGCUCUAGGACUUGCUAAAGAACUUCCAGACCUUCUGCAGAAAGUAAGGAGACUGAAGAGUUCCCCUACACCGUCUCCAAGCACGAAGCCUUCUGCUGUGUUGUCAACACCGAAGCCUGUCUCCCCAACACCGGGAAUUAGAAGAGCCCCUUUACAGGCCAUCACACCUGUGGCUCGAGAAAAUGAAAAUGGGGAAGAGGUGGUACAGUUUGGCAGUGCCUGCAUCUCAGCCAAAAAGCUAAAGAGCAAUGUUGGUUCCAGAUACAGCCAUCUUGUGAACUACAUAAUGGAGGAGAUCUUCACAGAGGAGGAAAUGGCAGAAAGUAGCCUGACCGGUUCAAAGGGAAGGACAAAAACCGAGGACAUCUAACCAGCGCUGGAUGCUGAGAAAUUA